GUGGCUUAUGAGGAGGAAGUGAAAGGGGAAGAGAGAAGACGGAGAGGCUUGCACAUAGUUAGCUCGCUGUCAGGUUAGCCUUCCAACUAAGUGCCAAAUUGACCAACUGCUGACCAUUUGCCGCCUUCAUUUGGGAUUUUUUUUUAUUGUGGCCUAAAAAUUGUGUUAAAAUAACAUCUGGCCAGGCAACAAUUGUAGUGCCAGCGAGCUAGCUAACGUAGCGCCUGGUUAGCUGUCAGCGCUAGCCUGUUAGCAUUAGCAUCUGUUAGCAUUAGCAUCUGUUAGCCUGCACAUCCCAGCCGGCAAGAAGUCGCCUUCUGUGUGUGGGGAACAAGCUGAACCGCUUUGAAGAAUGACGUCCAGGAAGAAGGUGCUCUUGAAAGUCAUCAUCCUGGGAGAUUCUGGCGUUGGAAAGACGUCCCUGAUGAACCAGUAUGUUAACAAGAAGUUCAGUAACCAGUACAAAGCUACCAUCGGUGCAGACUUCCUGACAAAGGAGGUGAUGGUGGACGACCGGCUCGUUACCAUGCAGAUCUGGGACACGGCAGGUCAGGAGAGGUUCCAGUCCUUGGGCGUGGCCUUCUACCGUGGGGCCGACUGCUGCGUGCUGGUGUUUGACGUGACCGCCCCCAACACCUUCAAGACCCUGGACAGCUGGAGGGACGAGUUCCUCAUCCAGGCCAGCCCUCGAGACCCGGAGAACUUCCCCUUCGUGGUGCUGGGCAACAAGAUCGACCUGGAGAACAGACAGGUGACCACCAAGAGGGCCCAGGCCUGGUGUCAGAGUAAGAACAACAUUCCCUACUUUGAGACCAGCGCCAAGGAAGCUAUAAACGUGGAGCAGGCCUUCCAGACCAUCGCACGCAACGCCCUCAAGCAGGAGACGGAGGUGGAGCUCUACAACGAGUUCCCCGAGCCCAUCAAGCUGGAUCGAAACGAGCGAGCCAAGACUUCGGCCGAGAGCUGCAGCUGCUGAGCGACCACCGGGACUCUCUCUCUCUCUCUCUCUCUCUCUCUCUCUCAACACCCGUCACCCUCGCCUCGCCCCCAGGGAACGCCCCCGCCCGAUAGUCUUCCUCCGUCACGUCCAUUCCAUAAUCCCUCUCACCGAGUGCACAAACCAUGGCUACGCUCUGGGGAAGAUGAAGGAAAGCACACAGCCAGUGUCCAAAGAACACAGAAGAGAACAGCGCCCCCCUCUGGCACUCGCUAGUGAGACAUCACCUUGCUGGACCCUGAUUGGGAACUCUUAACUGGACUGAUUUGGUGCUUAGUAAUAAUGUGAGACCAAGGUCAGCAUCCCAAGAAGCUUAUCAGCCCUUUCUCUUCACUCUCUAUUGCCUGUCAAAAGUAAUGGUGUUGAACUAUACACACACACAUAAACAUACAUACAUAUAUAUAUAUAUAUAUAAAUGACAUUUAUAUUUGAAUUGGCAAAUGUUACUUCUCAAGCCAAUCUGAAUCACAUUCAUUUUUUGUUUUUGCACUUUCUAAUGUAAUUUUGCCUUUAUAUGUUCUUUACGUAGAGGAAUGACUGAUUAUGGGCAACAUCUGCCACACACACACACACACACACACACACAUGUCUUUUCUGUUAAUAUAUGGUAUAAAAGUAUCUCUGAUUGUAUGAGCAGCUCCACUACACGCUUCUGCUAACACUCACAGCUCAUCUUUAUCUCCCUCAUUUCUCCUCUCACCAUCUGCUUGUAGCUCAGGUCGGCGAAACUAUUUCAUAUUUUAAACGCAUUGUGUAUUACUGCAGUGUAUAGACAAAAUGAUACAAGGGGUUGAUGUCUCUUUCCAUCUCAACAACCCAUCAGUUGUUCUGCCCUUAUAUUCUUUCUCCUUGUAGAAAACAGACGCGCUGCAAUGCCAAUAAUGUUGUCAACGGAAAUUUGAACAUCUAAUAAAACUCUUGAAUAUA